AUGCGGCGUUCUGGAACUCACUUCCUCAUCCUCCUGCUCUGUGCGGCGCUGUUCAACGCCGCGUCUGCAUCGCUCGUCGGAUCAUCCCUUUCACGCGAUGAUGGCAGCAGCGCUCCUCUCGCUUCAACCGCUCAGGCAGCCACGCCCCAGCAACUUCAAAAGAAAAGUUUCGCGAAGUAUGUGGCCAAGCUGCGUCCAACUAAGUACGAUAACAGAUUAAUCGUGGGUGACAAAGGCGCAUCGGGGAUAUUUGUCGCGAAGGGUAUAAGGUCUAGUUCAACGAUUGCCUACGCCCAGUUACGCGUACUAUUUCGGAACCUCAAGUCCAAAGGAGCGUCGCCUUCACAGAGUUUCGGAGACACCUGCAAUGUUAUUUCCCUCCAAACCGACGAGAAUAAUUAUCGUAAUCUCACCACCGCGAAGGCUGGUCGCCGCGGUCGCUACACGUUCGGAUACAUUCUGCGCGUUGGGCCAGCGUCGGAGGCACAAGUCCGUGCUUAUAUUGCGGAUAAUAUAGUGGCUCAGGGGACUUAUGUCAGAGUGGGCCAUCCAGAAAACCUGGUGGCACUCUGCGGAAAGUUCAAGAAAGCGUCGACAUGGUGA